CUCGGUCACUCGCCCUCUUCACCUUGUACCCGCUCUCUUCCUUCCUACAGUAAAUAUCUCACUAUACCUUUACCCUGUUCAAAGAGGUAACUCACACUACCGAGCUCUAGUCGCAGUUGUGUUGUGUUGCUGUUGUUCUUGCUGUGUUGGGAAGAUGGAGGUCAGGGGUGGAAGAGGGAGGAGGCUAAGCAGCAGGGAGACCAGCCCGGAUCGAGCCAGACUGGGCUGCUCACAGCUGCAACACAAGCAGCAGCAGCAGCAGAGGUCCUUGAGGCCUCUGAGGAAAGUUCAGAUAAUAUACUACCUCAGCUGGAAUGGCCAGUUGGAGCACCCUCACUUCAUCGAGCUCCCUUACCUCCCAAACCAACAGCUCCGCCUCAGAGAUGUGAUAGAGAGGCUGACUCUUCUCAGAGGCAGAGGCAUGCCUGCACUCUUCUCCUGGUCUUGUAAGAGGAGCUAUAAAAAUGGGUACGUGUGGAAUGACUUGGCCGAGAACGACGUUAUCUUCCCGGCGGACGGCGUCGAGUACGUGCUGAAAGGCUCCGAGAUCAUCCCGGGCGCAUAUGAGCGUUUCCAACACGUUGCUGCUCGCAGCAGGCGGCUGAAAGCGCUUCCUGCCCCCCGUAAACUCCACUUGGAAUUAGAGGAAGACGAAGGGGAGGAAGGAGAACUGGGAGAGGAUGAAGAGGGUGCAGAGGAGAUUAGAUGCGGUAAGCGCAACGUGGAUGGCGCACGUCACUCUCGGCGUUCCUGCGGCGUUUCGACUGAGGAGAUCGAGCGAACCGACAACCUGACCACGGUUCGGUCCCACCGCCACCACCACCAUGGCCCCAUGGAGCUGCCCCUGGACGACUCCUCCCCGCCCUCCUCCACCUCCUCCGACAAACCCCCCGCCCACGCCCCCGGCAGCGGCGCCUCCCAGAGGUUCGAGGAUGCCGACCCGGCGCCGGAACCGGGUCUGACUCGGAACUCGGUCCUGCUCCAACUCAUCGCCUGCGGGUCCGCGGCACUGAAGGGAAGCAGCCGCACCAGCGGCGGGACCAUCAAGACAGCCACCGCCGCAGGUGGCGGGCAGAGGAACACCGGGCUCCACCGCGGGCUGGUGAGUCGACUCGCGAGCCGGGCGGCUGAGGAGGACGAGGUGGUUCGUUGCGUCCAGGAGAACCCUCGGUUCUGUCACCCCCUCAUAGAGGACAAGGAGUACUUCAGCGGGAGCAUAGUCGAAGGGAGCAGAGCACCACCUGAGCCUUCUCUCAAGAAGUCUUCCUCCUACAACGAAGAAAGGAGCUCAAAGCUUGGGAUUGGAGAAGGCAAGAGAGAGGUGGAUAGAGGAGGUGUGAAAGGGAAGUGUAUCCCUGGCAGAAGGCAGGCCUCUGGUAAACAACAGUAGCAGCAGCUGCAGUACACAACAUCGAAGGAUCCCAACAAUGCAACUGUACUUGCAGUGUGACCUUGAGUUGCAGAGAUGAGAGGAACAGAUGGCUCUACAACCUGCUGUGGAGUUAAAGCUCACAAGGGCUAUAUUUCUCUGGAAUCUAUGCCGGAUUCUGUGUUCGACUAGUGUUUCUUUAAGUUAGUAGGUCUUAGGUUUUGUUGCUGCAUUUGCUACUGUUACAUCUGUCUCAGAAAAUUACUUUCUAGUUCAUGGUCUUGAUAGAAAACAAGUGUCUCCAAGAAACAGUGAACCCAUUACUACUUGUGCAUGCAAAUAGUUGGAUUCCUGCUCUUGGAAGGUUCAGCAGUCUCUCUUUCA